AUGCUGCAAUCGGAUCUUGAGUCACCUCAACUGCUUCGCACGGCCGUCGCUAGAGCCAACGCGUUCAUCAACAGUUCUGGUCGCAUACCUCACAAAGUUCGGACCAUCCUAAUCUCAUCACGCCAUGUGGCUUUCGUCGAACUAUCCCAACACACCACUACGUGCAGCGAGGCUCUUCCGCUUCUGACCGAUUCCUCGGCAACGCAAUGCUCCCCGGGGUUCCGGGUAUUAGCCCAGGUUCUAUCCUCCGAUUGCUGGAAAACGACUUGGGCUCAUCGAGAGAAGUGGCCUUUUUCCAUGCCACCAGAGGUUUCAUCAGAGAUUCUCCAUAGCUCAGAGCCAAGAGAUGCCGUUUCGUUUGCACAAGUUUCCUUCGAAAAUGAACGAUGGUAUUAUGCUUCAGCGCCCCAGUUUAGGGAUGUUUCGGUGCGAAGCCUGGGCCUGUCUAUGCCCUGCUGCGGCGAUCGUACCGGGUUAGAGGAUUCGGGCGUUCACUGUAGCAAGUGUUUUGUAUGGCAACAUCAAAAGUGCAUUAGGCUAGAAACCUUUCCAUCUGACAAUUCAUCUGUGCCAUUUGUCUCGAGGAGGACCCGAAAGCGACACGCCUCACAGCCGGUGGGAUUAACAGACUCGAUGGCCGGUCUGAAAGAAGAAUGUGCGCUAUCAAAAUCGAUGGAUCCGUCAAGGGCCUUCGAGUGCGGCUCUCCCAGCCUGCGCACCUUCGACCAGAGCUACGGCUUAUUGGGGAUCUAA